AUGGAUCACCAGGGCAAGGAAAACUCGUCUGCGACUGUGUGUGCCAGUGCAUUGGACACGGAGCGUGCUCCUUCCCUUGCUACCGACAAGGACGGUCAAGCAUCGGCCAAGAAGCUUGAAGCAACACGAAAUGCCUUCACCCACCGCUCUCGUUGGUCCCUAUUUAUCGGGCUUGGCCUCGUGGCUUACGCCAACUCACUGGAUAUAUCGACAACGGAUACAUUUCUCACAUUCGCGACGUCUAGUCUAGGAGCCCAUAGCCUGCUCAGCGCAGUUACGGUCGCUCAGCUCAUUGUAGUUGCGGUUGGCCAGCCCGUCAUCGCCAAGGUUGCCGAUGUAUCCUCUCGAGGCAUCGCACUGUUUGCGGCAUUGUUUUUUUAUGUUAUAGGUUAUGUUAUUAUAGCUACUGCCCCAAAUAUCGGCGCUCUGGCAGGAGGGACUUUGAUCAAUGCCAUAAACUUUGCCGUGCUCCUACAGAUUAUUAUCGCCGACAUCACGUCGCUCAAGUGGCGUGGUUUUGUGAGCUCGCUCACGGCCGCGCCAACUAUUAUCAACUCAUUCGUUGGCUCCAACGUAACGACGGCUGUUAUCGAACAUUCGAGUUGGAGAUGGGGCUACGGCAUGUUCGCCAUCAUCACUCCCGCCGCUACCAUUCCCCUCCUUUUGACUCUGUUUUGGGCAGAGCGGCGGGCGAAGAAGCUCGUCCGUCAAAACGAGGACGUUAUCCCGCAAGCACAUAGUAGCACUUCAUCGCCAAAGACGUCGUGGUUGGAAAGGUGGAAGGACGUGGUACACGUCGGCCAGCAGAUCGACGUUAUUGGACUCGUUUUGUUCGGCGCUGCUAUUUCCCUGAUCCUGUUGCCGCUCACUUUGAACCAGACGUCAGCUGAGAGAUGGAGAAGCGGCGAUAUCAUCACGAUGUUGGUGUUGGGUGUCGUGUGUCUGAUUGCAUUCGCCUGGUGGGACAUCCGCAAGGCGUCAUGGCCCUUGAUCCCCAAGCGGUGCAUAACGAACAGGAGCGUGGUCUGUGCAGCACUCAUCGGCUUCUUUGAUUUCCUAACACUCUCGCUGACGUCGACCUAUCUAUACUCGUUCAUCCUCAUCGCCAAACCAUGGUCUCUUAUAGAUGCCACUUACUUCAUGAAAACACGUCUACUAUCCCUGUCCGUGUUCCUGGUCCUCGCUGGAUUGUUCAUGAGGGUUGUGCGCCGCUAUAAGCUCAUGAUGAUCGCCGGAGUAGUCAUUCGUCUCGUCGGCCUCGGAAUGAUGAUCCGCUUCGGAAAGUCUAAUGGCUCCGACGUCGGGCUCGUUUGGACACAGAUCCUCCAGGGCAUGGGCCCAGGACUAUUCGCCACCUCAUCUCAAGUCGCAGCACAGGCCUCCGUUUCCCACAAAAACGUCGCAAUGGUCACCGCGGUCGUGCUGCUCCUGGGCAAUGUAGGAGGUGCCGUUGGGUCUGCAAUGGCCGGAGCGAUAUGGAGCAACACUAUUCCCGCGAAUCUCGAGAAAUACCUCCCCAAUCUCAGCGACGCGGAGCGGGAGAGGCUGUAUGCGAGCAUCACGAGCGUCAUGAAGUACCCGCGAGGAAACCCUAUCCGCGAGGGCGUCAUUCUCGCGUACGACGAUACCAUGAAACAGUUAAUCAUCAUCGCAACAGUAUUGAGCGCCGUACCGCUGUUCCUGGCUAUCGUCAUGCCAGAAUGGGAGCUCGACGAUCAGCAGAACGCCGUGGAGAAUGUACAGGCGGAGGUCACAGACCACGAGGGGGAACUGGAAAAGAGCAGCGUCGUAGAUUCGAAGGCAUAGAUUCGCAAACGGACACCGCCCAUGAUACAUCUUAAACAGCGACACAUUUACUCAGCUCCCC